AUGAUCGUCAACUCUGCUUUCCUCCUCGGUCUUCUCGGGGCUUUGCCCAAGGGUUAUGCCUUACCUGCCCCCCAAAUGGGUGACUACGGCGAAAACAGCGGACCUGUUGGAGGUAUCAACCCACCUAUCCCAUCGGUUUCGAGUCCGCAGGGAAAUCUCAGAGGCGAUUCAAAUCUUCUCGGGGGUAAUGCUCCGCGUCCCGACCCCGAACAGUCAGAUUCUGCCAUGGUCAACGAUGUCCAGCUUGUUCCUGGCCAGGAAGCCGACAGUAAACUUGGUCUUUAUCUCAACUUUGACGGCGUUGAUGCCCCACAGCCCAUCCGUGGAGAACAAGGUUCCCCAGACCCCGGUCCAAGAACCUACGCCUACGAAAAGCUUAACCCGGAUCUCUUCGCCCCGCCUGGCACCGACAAGGGCGAUGUAAAGAACGCCAUGUGGCCCCUGGGCCUCUCGCAUAAUCGGCUCGGUAGCCAGGCCGGUGCCGGCUGGGCACGGCAACAGAAUACCGAUGUGCUCCCCAUCGCUUCGGCCAUGGCGGGUGUCGAUAUGAAGCUACAGCCUAACGCCUACCGCGAGCUGCACUGGCACACGUCAGCUGAGUGGGCACUAAUUCUCAAGGGAUGUUGCCGCAUUGCCGCCAUGAACGAGGACGGUAAGAGCAUAGUCGACGACUUAUGUGCUGGUGAUGUUUGGUUCUUCCCUGCCGGAGUGCCGCAUAGCAUUCAGGCCUUUGACAAAGGAACCGAGUUUCUUCUUGUCUUUGACCAGGGCCAUUUCAGUGAAGAAAACACCUUUCUCGCUACCGAGUUGAUGCUGAGAAACCCGAUUUCUGUGCUUUCUAAAAACUUCAAAGCCGACCCUUCGGAGUUUGCUAACAUCCCCAAGGACCAACUAUACAUCUUCAAUGGAACACCGCCACCAAAGGACAUUCAGGAACAGACCCAGACUUCUUCAGCUGGCUCGCUGACCGGCGCGGAAUCCUACACCUACCACUGGUCUCAGCAGAAGCCCUUCCAAGUCCCUGGAGGAUCCGUCAAGAUCCUCGACCCACUCACCUUCCCCAUUGCAAGCAAUUUUUCCGCUGCCCUUGUCGUUGUUCAACCCGGUGCUAUGCGCGAGAUCCACUGGCACACCACCAGCGACGAGUGGAACUACUUCCUGCAAGGUUCCGGCCGCAUCACAAUAUUCCAAGCACCUGAGGCCUCGCGCACUUUUGAUUUUACAGCCGGCGACGUCGGAUACGUCAAGGUCGGAGACAGUCACUACAUCGAGAAUACGGGCACUGAAGACGUCAUCUUCCUCGAGGUUCUUCAAGCUCCGCGAUUCACGGAUAUCAGCGUUGCUCAAUGGCUGGCUUUGACGCCGAAGCAAGUUGUGAAAGAUACCCUGAACCUUUCCGAUGCUGUAAUUAAUGCCCUGCCACGCGAAAAGGAGUACAUCAAGGUUGGAAACCCAAACAUGACAGCUUUGGCUAGCGGAGGAAAGAAUUUCCAGGCUUAA